AUGCCUGGUCUUAUGUCUCCAGACGAGGCGGCUGCCAGCCAUGCCGGCCUCGUUCGCAUUCCGAGUAUCGUCUUCUUCGCCGUGACACCAAUCUUCGUCGCCAUUAGAUUCUGGAAUCGUAUCUCAAGAAGAACAGGGUUGGGAUGGGACGAUUACACUGUUUUAGUGUCCUUUUUUUGUACUCUGUUGGUGCAAAUAUUCAUGAUGAUUUCAUGCAAUUACGGAUUUGGCAAACAUAUUAAGACAUUAUCGGUCCCAGACAAGCUGGCUGCUCUCAAGUGGUUUUACGUUGCGCAAAUCUUCUACAAACUCACCAUCGGCCUGACUAAAAUGUCCAUUGUCCUCUUGUAUCUGCGAAUCUUUGUCCAGAGGUGGUUCCGCAUCUGCUGCUACAUCCUCCUGGGCAUCGUCACGGCAUAUGCUAUUGCUAGCACAAUUGUGUCCAUCUUCCAGUGCAACCCGAUUAGUGGAGCUUGGGACAAGUCCACCCAUCCUACAUGUGUCAGUCUGACUCAAAACUGGUACGCCAACGCCGGCUACUCAAUCGCCACCGAUGUCUUGAUCUUGUUGCUCCCAAUGCAGCCCAUUUGGGCGAGCAAACUGCCCCUUAGCCAAAAGAGGGCCUUGAUGUUUGUCUUUGCUCUUGGUAGUUUUGUUACUGUGACAUCUAUCAUGCGUGCCACUACCCUCAACUUCUCGACAACCAGCCCUGAUACGACCUUCGACAUCGCUUCGACCCUGUGGACCAUCAUCGAAGAAAAUGUCGCUAUUAUCUGUGCCUGUUUGCCCAUGUGCCGUAUCGUCCUAGCCUUUCUCUUCCCCCAGACCUUUGGCAGCAACAAUGCUUCCAAGGGCUCUACGGGAGCAUCUGGCGGUCUGGGAUCAGAGAGCCGCAACAAAUACGGAUAUGAGCGCUCCAGUUCACCCUCACGCCGCCAAAGCUGGAAACCUUAUUCCGGACCAGGCGGAGAUACCAUCAGCCGCAGCGUGGCUGCUCACCAGAGCGACGAUGCGAGUGAAGAGUUUAUCCUCACGUCUGUACAAAGACACGGCUCGUCGGACGACCAGGAUGGAGCCAUCCGGAAGACUACGAAAUACGAAGUUUCAUAUGAAAGCGGGCCAUACAAAAAUUAG